AUGUCUCUCCUCAGAUCAGCUUUGACCAACGUGUCUCGAACUUCCCUUCGACCAUCUGCAUCUGCCGUUAGCAGAGUCGCCAUCGCUUCCAGGGGAUACACCACUCCUACCCACGUACGAAGGGAUAAGAACGGUGAUCCUUUCGAAGAACACAGAGUAGAGGUCGAACCUAAGAUCGCUUCUAUCGACGAAUCAAUCACUUUCGAACAUCCCAAAAAAUGGGCAGACAAACACCCAGGUCACGAUAUGACCAAAGGUGAUUUCGGUCGACACACCAAACGAACCCUAGCUUCCUUCUCGAUGGACGGUAAAGUCUGUCUUGUAACUGGUGCUGCUAGAGGUCUCGGUAAUAUGAUGGCUAGAACUUUUGUCGAAUCUGGGGCCAACGCUAUCGUCCUUGUCGAUCUCAAGAAAGACGAAGCCGAGAAAGCCGCUGAAGACUUGGUCAAGUGGUUCGUCGAGAACGGUGAAGCCGAAGAAGGUGAAAUCCAAGCUUUGGGUUUAGGAUGUGAUGUUUCGGACGAAAACUCGGUUGCCAAAGUUUUCGAAACUGUUAAAGAGAAGUUCGGUAGAUUGGACGCAUGCGUCACUGCUGCUGGUAUAGUAGAGAACUAUGUCGCUCACGAGUAUCCUACUCAGAAGAUCAAGAAGCUGUUGGAUAUCAACAUUAUGGGUACAUGGUACUGCGCCUUGGAAGCUGCCAAACUCAUGCCCGAAGGUGGAUCCAUCACCCUCGUUGGAUCCAUGUCAGGAUCCAUCGUCAACGUUCCCCAACCUCAGACCCCAUACAACUUCUCAAAGGCCGGUGUAAGACACAUGGCUAGAUCACUCGCCGUCGAAUGGGCCGCCAAAGGAAUCAGAGUCAACUGUCUUGCUCCUGGAUACACCUUGACGAACCUUACCAAAGUCAUCCUCGAUGCCAAUCCUGUCUUGAGGGACGAAUGGUUACACCGAAUUCCAAUGGGUCGUUUGGCCGACCCGUCCGAUCUUAAAGGUGCAGUCAUCUACUUGGCAUCUGAUUCGUCAAAGUACACUACAGGUGCUGAGAUCGUAGUGGACGGUGGAUACACUUGUUUAUAA